AUGGAGCGUUCAAAAAAGCCGACGGCCAUCCCCGUAUCCUCCUCUGCGCCAGGACCCAGCGUCUUCGUCCUCGAGAACCGCGUUGAAGCAUCGCUGGCAACGGGAGAAUCUAUUACUGUCAACCUGUUUGGAGCUACAGUAACAUCGUGGAAACUCGCCGACGGGUCAGAGCAGCUUUUCCUCAGCGAAGGAGCUCAUCUAGACGGCUCCAAGCCCAUCCGCGGUGGCAUCCCCCUAGUCUUCCCAGUGUUUGGCCCCCCUCCAAAGGAACAUGCGACUUCCGCGCUGCCGCAGCAUGGCUUUGCCCGGAAUGCCUACUGGGAAUUUCUAGGCAAAUCUACCUCGGAAACCGAAGGAGAUGCCAGUGUCAAGCUUGACUUUGGCCUGUCAAAGGGUAUGCUGAGUGACAAGUUCCAGAAGGAAUGGCCGUUCGAGUUUGGCCUGGUGUACAGCGUCACCCUAAGCCCUCGGAGCUUGAUCACUUCGCUGCAGGUCCAGAACAAGGGAACGACCGCCUUUGAGUUCCAAUCUCUGCUGCAUACUUACUUCAGAGUAGAUGACAUCUCAAAGACAUGCAUUGCAGGCCUUCAGUCCAAGUCGUAUGUCGACAAAGUCCGCGGUGCAUCCACGUUCACUGAAGAGUCCGAUGCCAUUGCCAUCUCCUCCGAGGUAGACCGCGUCUACCAGUCUCUCGAUCCCGCCACGCCUGUCGUAGUCACCUCUUCGGACAAGCCGGUCUUCUCCAUCACCCGAGAAGCGUUGACGGACAUGGUCGUCUGGAACCCGUGGGUCGAGAAGGCUAAGGGAAUGGCCGACUUCACUCCGGACGAAGCCUACAAGAACAUGGUCUGCGUCGAGGCGGGAUCCGUAUCUGGAUGGCAGACUCUAGAGCCGGGUGACAUGUGGGAAGGAGGGCAGACGAUUCGGUGUCGGCUGUGA